GCUGACGGACGCCAACGCGACCUCCCAGAACCGCUGGCUGAACUGGCAGAGGUCGCGCAUGGAGGCAGAGGAGGCCGUGACGCGGCUCGACGCAACCGCGAGGAGCCUGGACGCGGCGCUCGAACGCGAGAAUCAGCUGGAAGCGGCCUACGACGACCUGUACAUGAGGAUGGUGCGGGCUUCGAGGCUGAUGAAGUACAAGGGCCGGCAGAUGCUCCGCGACAAGAUAUUCAAGACCAACAAGAAGGAGCAGAUCUUCUACACCUUCCACGGCUUCAUCGGCGUGCUCCAGGCGGAGAAGGAGGAGCGGGUCCGGCUGGAGCGCGAGCAGCAGCGAGACACCGUCGAGUUCGCCCUCGGCAACGAGGUGAAGUUCCUGCUGGCCGAGCUGGGCCGGUCGGGCGACGCGGUGGGCCGGCUCACCCUGGAGGCGGGGCGUCUCAAGCGCCACCGGCGUGAGCUGGCCUGCCGCCUGCUCAACAAGCACCGGCCCAGGGAGGUGCUGGAGUACUACCUCUGGAUCUGGGAGCUCUGGCAGCCGCUGCGGCCGUACCUGGUGUGCGAGAAGCGCCUGGAGCGGGAGGCCGCGGCCUCGGACGCGCUUGCGAACCAGCUGGAGCAGGCGUGGUCGCAGGUGUCGCCGCUGUCCAAGGAGAUAGACGCGCUCAGGUUCAGCCUGUCCGAGGAGCAGGUGGCGCACCACCUCACCCGGAAGCAGCUCACCCAGGAAGGUGCGCGGCAGCUCUGCGCCCUGGCGCAGCGGCUGCAGGCCCAGCGCGCGGAGGAGCUGCAGGUGCUCGCCCGGCUGCGGGAGCUCGACAACGAGGCCAAGGACGAGCGGAUCGCCGUCCUGGAGCGCGAGAUCGCGGAGGACAAGCACAUCCAGGCCCUCAAGGGCAUGGUGGUCGACCUCGAGGGCAACCUCCGGCGCGCGCUGGACCGCCGGAAGCAGAAGGGCCUCGUGGUGCCGCCCGGCGGCGGCCUCAAGUGCAGCGUUUGCACCCGCGAGGUGCUCCUCCGCAACUGGAAGGGCAGCGCCGCCGGAGGGCUGUCGCACAGCGCGUCGGAGGCCGACCUGAGCGGGCUGUCGCACGGCGCGCUCGGGGCGCCGAUGCCGCCCAGCCCGCUGCUCACGAAACGGUCGCUGUACGCGCCCCCAGGCGCCGAGCCCCAGGCGAAGUACUCCCCCCUCUGGCGCGGCUGA